UGAAUCGUGAGCUAUAUAUAUAUAUUAGUACUUAUAAAGACUUCCCUAUUUAGGAAAUAACAUUAACAACAGCACAAAAUAUUGUUAACAUGUGGCUUCUACUUCCUAUAGUCCUGUUUCUAACUCUGUUUUUUCUUGUGAAAAACAAGAUCAAAGCCAAUAAUGAAAACAUGCCAAAUCUUCCUCCGGCUCCUCCAAAACUUCCAAUCAUAGGUAACUUACACCAACUUGGUUCACUACCCCAUAUAUCUCUAUGGAAAAUCUCAAAAACAUAUGGCCAUGUUAUGGGGCUUCAUUUUGGGACAGUACCAGCUAUUGUUGUCUCUUCAGCUGAAGCUGCAAAAGAGGUCUUGAAAACCAAUGACUUGGCUUGUUGCAACAGACCACCUUUAGCUGGCUCUUCAAAACUUUCCUACAACAAUGUUGACAUGUCUUUCUCACCUUAUGGUGAACAUUGGAGACAGAUGAGGAGAUUAUGUGCUAUCAAGUUAUUCAGCAGCAAGAGUGUUCAGUCAUUUGAGUUCAUCAGAGAUGAGGAAAUUGAUUCUCUUAAUGAUUUUCUGAACCGAUCUUCUGUUUCGGCUACUCCUGUUAAUCUCAGUGUAAAGAUGUCUACUCUUAUGGCUAGCAUGACUUUCAGGACAGCCUUUGGGAAGAGAUUUAGUGAGUGUGGAUUAGAUAGUGAUGUGUUUGAAGAUAUGGUUCGUAGGGCAAUGGGUGUGUUGAGAACCUUUGCAGCCUCUGAUCUGUUUCCCCAAUUUAGUUGGAGUUGGAUUAUUGAUAGAGUGACUGGUGUUCAUGCAAAAUUUGAGAAGAUCUUUCAUGAGAUGGAUGACUUUUUCAGGGUUGUGAUUGAUGAGCAUCUAAAUAAAACUCCAGAAGAUGAGAAGGAAGAUAUUGUUGAUUUGUUGCUGAGCAUAGAGACUGGUCAAUAUGACUCUGGUGAAAUUCACUUCACUAGAGAUUGUAGCAAGGCAAUCCUCAUGGAUAUAUUCCUAGCAGGAGUGGACACAGCUGCACUAACAGUAACAUGGGCAAUGGCAGAGCUAGCUAAAAAUCCAAGAGUGAUGAAGAAAGUACAAGAUGAAAUCAGAAGUUAUUGCUCCAAGAAAACCCAAGUCAAGAUCACUGAAAGUGACAUUAACCAACUUGAUUAUCUCAAAAUGGUUGUGAAAGAGACUCUGAGGUUACACCCUGCAGCACCACUUUUACUCCCAAGAGAAUGCAUAUCUCAAUUCAAGGUUGGUGGCUAUCAAGUUUAUCCGAAAACACUCAUCCAAGUUAAUGUUUGGGCAAUAGGAAGGGAUCCUAAUUACUGGCAUAACCCAGAAGAGUUCUUCCCUGAAAGGUUUGUUGAUAACCCCAUUGAUUUCAAAGGGCAACAAUUUGAGUACUUGCCAUUCGGAGGCGGUCGAAGAGGUUGUCCGGGAAUUGUAAUGGCACUAACUAUGGUGGAACGCACACUAGCCAAUCUGUUGUGUGGUUUUGACUGGAAAUUGCCAGAUGGAAUGAUGGAGACAGAUAUUGACAUGGAAGAGGCUUCUGGUCUUACAACGUUUAAGAAAUCUCCUCUUAAACUUGUUCCAGUUAGCUACCAAUGGCCAUUAAUAUCAGACCUUCAAACUUAGCCAAAGGAAAUAUGGAGCUACGGCUACAUGCUUGCAUUUUGCAUGAACUUUAAUUUUAUAUGUAAAAUAAAGCUUAGUUCUAUACUGCAAUGUGAACUUUCUACUAUUUAUUUAUUUAAUGAAAAUGUGUGGAUCUGAUAUGUUUGUUAAAUUCUACUUAUAAAUAACUAACUGUGUCAUAUACCAAAGAAGAAGUCAGAUUUUAUAGAGUUCAAUUCUUGAAGAAUUUCCUUAGCCUUAGAAUUAGAUUACUUAGGUAGCUUUGGAAGGAGAAACUUGUUCUUCUUGGAGGGCUGUAAAUAGAAGGCUUGUGUAUUUGAUCAAGAUCUUCCAAGUGUGAGGUUUCUGUGUAAGGAGUUUUACUCCAUUGCUGAGAGUUGCUACCUCUGUUCUUGUAAUCUAAUUCUCAAGAUGAGAAGUGCCAUGGCUGCUGAAAGUUUUCUGCAACUCAGAUCCUUCUUUCAUUAAGUUUC